UAAUCAUUUCAUGUUCUACCUUCAGACGAGCUAUACUAAUUUAAUACAUUCAGACUAGUUAGACUACUUUCAGGACAAUGAUUUCUCAAGUUAGUGAUAAAACCGUUACUUGUACCAUAGUUGGAGAUGGAAUGGUGGGGAAAUCUCAGAUCUGUAAAACAUUUAUUGGUGAUCUGACUAUUGAAGAUUAUGAAGCUACAGUGACUAACGAGCAUUCUGUACUUACACAGUUUAUGGGAGACAAAUAUACUCUCAGGAUUGUAGACUCUUCUGGACAGCAUGACUACAAAGAACUUAGAACGAAAUCCUACAAGGGAUCAGAGGUCUUCAUAUUGUGUUACAGUUUAUCAGACAGAGAUUCAUUUGAAAGCAUCGAAUCAUUCUGGAUUCCAGAAAUCAGAAAGAUUUGCAAAAAGACACCGGUGAUUUUAGUGGCUACUGGAAAAGACAUUGAUGAUGAGAACAACAAUGUGUCUAAACAAGAAGGACUAUGCAUAAUGGAUAAACACGGAAUUGACGCUUAUGUUGAAUGUUCAUCAUAUAACAAGGAAGAAGUGAAUGAAGUAUUUGAAGAUGUUUUAUUGUCCGUCAUUAAAAACAAGAAAAGAAGGCGUUCAAGCCUUCUCCGUCAUCUGUUAGCUAGAUGAAGAGACAUGAACAUAAACUCUGGAUAAACUUAUAGACGGAUCUCUAUCCAUCUGAUGAAAAACUGAGUGAACAAUCAGUGACGAACAAUACCAUUCACAAUUCGCGCACAAACUCAUCUAAUGAGUUAGAUCUACCCUGAACUACGCCACAGAGGACGCGCCGUUGAUGGAUCAUUCAUGUCAUGCAAACUUGAAACAGAGGCUUGGUAAAUUUUGAUAGGAUAUAGAAGAGUACUUCCUUUAUUUGACAAGAACUUUUUUAUCCGUCAAAGACAUUACAGCCAUGGUCAGUUUCAGCUAUAGCACAUCAUAGUUUCAACCAUAGCGAGUUGCAACUACAUAGCAAAUCACAGUCAAAUCCUAGUUCCCGUUAUGGACUUGUUUUAUUGACAUAGUGUUGAGUUUAGUAAUUUCACACCGAAGACUUUAGUCUCAUUAUCAGAAUCUCGUGCAGCAGCAAUAUCAUUUAUGUCAGCAAUGAAAAUAAAAGGUUUAAAUUUGAA